UCGGCUUCCGUAGUCCAACAAUGGCCGCCAUAACUCCAACUGCCAGUCCCCUCCACUUGCCAGCUAAGGCUCCUCAGGUUCGGAUUUUCGUUGCGGGCUCAUACUCAAUUCUCAGGGUCAAAAACUCCGGCUUGUGGUCGCCUAAGAUCCGAGCCGUAUCCAGAAAGCUUCCGUCUCUUGAAGCCGUUAGGUGCUUCACAAAGUCUGCAGAGGAAAACGGACCGGAUAGUUUGGUCAGUGAUGAGGAGGUUAGGGAAGAAGACAAUGAGGUAAAAUCGCAAUAUGCCUCCGUUGAUGCGAUUCGUCCCGACUUCUCCGACAGUUCACCCAUUUCAAAGACUGGCAUCGGAGAUUCUUUGUCCCUCGGCAUUCGUGAACCUGUUUACCAGGUAGUGGAAGUAAAGUCAAAUGGGGUGAUUUCAUCAAGGAAAAUAAACAGAAGACACCUGCUGAAGUCAAGUGGCCUCCGCCCUAGAGAUAUACGAAGUGUUGAUCCUUCAUUGUGGUUAAUAAAUUCCAUGCCUGCUUUACUGGUGCGUGAGCAUGCAAUUCUACUGAACCUGGGAUCUUUGCGGGCCAUAGUAAUGCAGGAAAGUGUUCUUAUAUUCAACUAUAACAGUCACGGAGGAAAAGCUUUCAUAGAUGCAUUGUUACCUCGAUUAAAUCCUAAAAACAUGAAUGGAGCACAAUCAAUGCCGUUUGUGCUUGAGGUGGUUGAAGCAGCCUUACAUUCAAGGAUACAGCGAUUGGAGCAGAAACUGUGGAGUUUGGAACCUCGUGUACAAUCUUUACUUGAGGUUUUGCCUAAUAGAUUGACUGCUGAUGUGUUAGAGCAGCUCCGAAUUAGCAAGCAAUCAUUGGUUGAGUUAGGUUCCAGAGCAGGCUCUCUCAAACAAAUGUUGCUUGAUAUUCUUGAGGAUACUCAUGAAAUACGUCUUAUCUGCAUCAUGGGUAGAGAUUGUACCCUGAAGAAGGAAAAUGAUGAGAUGGAAUGUGUUGUUCCCCUUGAAAAGCAGAUUGUAGAGGAAGAGGAGGAGGAAAUUGAAAUGCUUUUGGAGAACUAUCUUCAAAGAUGUGAAUCUUGUCAUGGUCAAGCAGAAAGGCUACUUGAUUCUGCAAAAGAAAUGGAAGACUCGAUUGCUGUUAACCUGAGGUUCAUAGAUCCUUUAAGUUUUCCUGAUUCUUUAAGCUCUUAAGUAUAAACAUGGUUUGAGACCUCGAUUCCUCUUCAUGUUCCAUUAGCAGUUUUUGUAAAUGUGUAGCAUUUUUAUUGGAAGCAAGUGUUUCCUUUUUGCGAAGAUAGAAUUAAAAAGUGAGAAAAGUGAAUCAAGCUUGAAUAGGAAGAAAAGUUUGUUUUGUCCCCAAAAGGUUCAUAGAUAUUUUAAGUUUUCCUGAAUUUUUAAGCUCAUAAAUAUACACAUGGUUUGAGACUUUGAGUUGUCCACAUGUUCCAUUAGCAGUUUUUUUAAAUACACAGCAUUUUGUUGGAAGCAUGUGUUCCCUUUUCGUGAAGAGGUUAGAAAUAAAAAGAGAGAAAAGUGAAUAAAGCUAAAAGUCACUCCCCAAAACUCGAAUGGGAAGAAAUGCUUUUUUUGCCCUGCCUCAAAUAUACAGGGAAAAAGUUUUUUUUUAACACAACUUCAUGCCAAGUAAUUAGUUUACCAAGCAAUACGAGCAAGCAAGAAAAAAUGUGGGAUGAUACUUGCAUUUAGAUAUAAAUAUAUAUAUUAAGAAUUUGCCCUAAAUAAGAGUAAAAAUGUUUUUAAUUCCAAAAUAUGACUGCCAUGUUUUUAUUCCCUAAAUAAGACUAAUUACUGCCAUAUUUUUAUUCCCUAAAUAAGGCUAAUUACUGCCAUGUUUUUGGCAUUAGCAUACUUUAAACAUGGUGGUAUUUUCCAAGCUUGAGAGUAAUUACUCCUAUUGAGGGAAUAAAAACAUGGCAAUCCUAUUUUGGAAUUACAGAAUGUUUUCACUCCUAUUUCGGGAAUUUUCCCUUAUAAAUUUCAAUUGUUAUAUGCAGAAACUUAGGAUCUGUUUGGUUGGAGGGAGGGAAAUAGAGUCGAACUAAGGGAGUGGAAGAAUGAGAGCAAAUAAGUUGGAAACUUCCACACACAUGUUUGGGUGAAAGGAAAAUUAGGAAAGGAAAUAGAAGAAUAAUGAUAUAUUUUGUUUGUUUGGAUGGAAAACUGAUAUUAAAGAAAUUUAAAUAACAUAUUCAUCCUUGAGGUAUUAAAUAAAAGGUAAAAAUAAUAAAAAUACUCCAAACUUUGAUGGGGUGUGAAGUAAACACCCCAAACUUGUGUAUGUAAUUUAAAUACCCCAAACUUUAUAUAAAAAGUUAUUUUCGCACCAUUGUUAUGUAUUAUUUCUUUCAAAAAUGUAAAUUUAUGGGGUUAAUUGCAUAAUUUAAAAUAGCAAAUUAAAAGUGUUGCAAUUAUAUAGAUUGAGGAUAACAUUAUUUAUUUUGCAAUGGAAGUUUAUAAUGUUAAUUGUGUCUUCAUGAAUUCUAAAAUAUUUAAAAUUAUGCAAUUAACACCAUAAAUUUACAUUUUUGAAAGAAAUAAUACUUGACUUAGGUGCCAAAAUAACUUUAUAUAUAAAGUUUGGGGUAUUUAAAAUACAUAUGCAAGUUUAGGGUGUUCAUCUCACACCCCUUCAAAGUUUGGGGUAUUUUAGUUAUUUUUCCCUAAAUAAAAUAUGUAAAAUUCGUCAAAAUUUAUAGUCAAGAAAUAUUGUCACACGUGUAACAACCUUUUUGUGCAAUGUGAAUUAUCUAGGGUUAUAAAUCUCUUAUGAGUUCAGCAACAAAUUUAAAUAUACGUUAUGUUUGGACUUGAAAAUAAGAGAAGUAUAAGCCUUUUCCGUUCCCUUUCUGCCCAGUUGUGGAUAGGGGAAAAAUGUGGGACCCACAGUUGUUUAAAUACAACUUAUUCCUUUCUCUCAUUUCCUUACUACCAAGCAAUGGUAAAGAUACUUUCUAUGUCAUAUCUCUCCCUCCCCUUUCUUCCAAUUUUAUCCCAAACAAACACAAGUUCAGCUGUAUACAUUGGAAUGGAAUGGCAGUGUUCUAAAAUAUUCAUUAUUGAGCUCAAGGAGGUGGACCUUGGGCUAUUUGUAUGAAAAUGAAUGUUUCCAACACCGUACAUACACAUGUGCGUAUGGGAUGUGAAUGUGUGUGUUGAUUGUGUUCCCAAAUAAUCAGUAUGGGGUGUGAGAUUUUCCCCAUCACAGGUUUAAAGUCCAACCAAUAGACUGCUUUUUUUAUAUGUUUUGUAAUAGAAAAUGCUUGUACUAACUGCUGUAAUAAGUUUCAUGUACAUUUUAGCUCAAGGAGGCUUGAAGUGAGCAGGGUGGAAUUACUCCUGCAGGUAUAUUUGGUAUGAAUUUAAGAUCUUACCUCGAAGAACACGCGUUCGCAUUUUGGCUAACAACAGCCGGGAUCAUUGUUGGUGCUGUUGUUACAUUUUUUCUCAUGUAUAAAUAUUUGAGAACAAGAAAGAUACUGUGAACCCCGAUCUUGCGGCGAUUUAAGCUGUUCUUAAUGUCUCAAUUCACACCCAUCAAGUGGAAGGGUAUUGUUUGUUUUGGGGGUUGGGUCCAGAGUCCCAGACGCCCGACGUUCUUUGCCGAACGAAACCAAUGGCACAAAGAACCCCUGUCAGUGUACACUGUCCUGUUCUGGAUAAAAAAAGUUACCAACCAUUUCUCAUCUCUGCAACACAAAAGAAUAAGAGUGCUUCUCAGUUGGAUUUUGAGAAGACAUAGGAAACCACUACUUUAAAGGGAUGGGUGGACGACACCAUUGAUAUCAUGCAGAUAGUUCUUACGCCCGGUUCGCUUUUACUAUCACACACUUAAUAUGCAAGCUAGUGAACAACUGCUGGAGAACCUAUAGAAGUAACAAGCAUGGGUAGCAUCAAGGACGGAGCCAAGACCCCCCCCCCCCCCCCACCCCCCCCGGGCUAGAAGUAAAAUAUACGGAGUAUAUAGGUGAGACUGUCCAAAACAGAGAAUAAUGUAUGCACUUUUAAAUACUUUCAAUCGUGAUAAUACCUAAAUUCACCAUCAUACCAUUCUUAUUUUCAAUUUUUUUUUUGUAGAAAUUGUUUGUGUGAACUGUUUUUGUGUGUGGAACUUAUCUAGUCGGGACAAAUUUGUUUAAGAGUGUUAUGGUUUUGAUUCUAUGUUGUUUCGCA